AUGCAGGAGAAACCAUUCUGCCUCAGAGUUGGACACCUUCUCCCCUACUCCAUGUCCAAUUCCAACACAACUGACCUCACCAACGCCUCCACCUUCAUACUGUUGGGCAUUCCUGGCCUGGAGGCGGCCCAUGUCUGGAUCUCCAUCCCCUUCUGUGCUAUGUACGCCAUAGCUGUGUUGGGGAACUUCACCAUCCUGUCCAUUGUGAAGAUGGAGCCAAGCCUCCAUGGGCCCAUGUACUAUUUCCUUUGCAUGCUGGCCGUCACCGACCUAGUCCUGUCUACGUCCAUCCUACCCAAAACACUGAGCAUUUUCUGGUUCAAUUCUAGGGAGAUCGAUUUCAGUGCUUGCCUCACCCAACUGUACUUCAUUCACUGCUUUUCAGUGAUGGAGUCUGGGUUCUUCGUGGCCAUGGCUUUUGAUCGCUAUGUGGCCAUCUGCCAUCCCCUGAGACAUUCCACCACCCUGACAAACCCCAUGGUGGCCAAGAUUGGGCUGGCCGUGGUGCUGCGUGGUGGCAUGCUCGUAAUGCCCUAUGUCUUGCUGGCAAGGCGGUGGCCAUAUUGCCGAACCAACGUAAUCCCCCACACGUACUGUGAACAUAUGGCUGUCGUGAAGCUCGCCUGCACCGACAUCCGCAUCAGUAGUUAUUAUGGUCUCUCUGUGGCAAUCUGGGUGACCGGUCUGGAUAUGAUUUUUAUUGCCAUAUCCUAUAUCCAGAUCCUCAGGGCCAUCUUCAGCCUCCCCACAAAGGAUGCCCAGGUCAAGACUUUUGGGACCUGCAGCGCCCACCUCUGUGCCAUCCUAUCCUUUUAUAUCCCAGCUAUCUUCUCCUCCCUCACUUAUCGUUUUGGCCACCAUGUGGCACUCCAGUUCCAUGUUCUCAUUGCCAAUGUGUAUCUCCUGGUGCCCCCCAUGCUAAACCCCAUCAUCUAUGGGGUGAGGACCAAACAGAUCCGGGACAGGCUGCUCCAGCUCUUUACUCAUAAAGGGAUGAAAUUUUUCUCCUGGUGCACUGCCUCUCAGACCAAGCUCCAUGCAGAGCUGGCUGGUGACAUGGUGCUGGGCCGUCUUCCCUGA